AUGGCGCCUCACCCCUUAGGUGCGCCCACUGUCCAAGUGACCCACGAGACGGAACAGCCGUUCCUUGGAGCCUUGCACGGUGAAGCGACCUGUGCCGCGUCCGCCCCGCCCAGCCCCGCUCACACGCCCCGGGACUGCACCGAGACGGAAGGCGGUGGCUGCAGAGUGGCGGCGAGGAAGCUCCGCGCGCGGCGCGGGGGGCGCAGCCGGCCCAAAAGCGAAUUGGCUUUGAGCAAGCAGCGACGGAGUCGGCGCAAGAAAGCCAACGACCGCGAGCGCAAUCGAAUGCACAACCUCAAUUCAGCUCUGGACGCGCUGCGCGGCGUCCUGCCUACCUUCCCUGACGACGCGAAGCUCACCAAGAUCGAGACCCUGCGCUUCGCGCAUAACUACAUCUGGGCGCUGACUCAGACGCUGCGCCUAGCGGACCACAACUUUUACGGGCUGGAGUCGCCCGCGCCGCCCGGCGGGGAGCUGGGCAGCCCUGACAGCGGCUCCUCCGGGGACUGGGGCUCCCUUUACUCCCCAGUCUCCCAGACUGGCAGUCUGAGCCCUGCCGCCUCGUUGGAGGAGCGCCCGGGACUUUGCGCCCCCACCUCCCCAACCUGCCUGCGCCCAGGAUCCCUGGCAUUCUCCGACUUUCUGUGA